CCAAUAAGAGAAUGCCAUGUGUCAAAUAAAAGUUAAAAAAAAAAUAAAAAAAUAAAAAAAAUCUAACCAUGACCAUGGUUAGAUCUUACGCCCCUUCUCACCACCCCUCUCCUACCACCGCCCCAACCAUGCCCAAAACCUCUCUAACGUUACACACAACCUCAACUUCUCACCACCACCACCACCACCACUUCUGCUAUCACCACCAGGACUGCCACCACUCCAAACCAAAAAAUUGUGGCGAGAAGGAUCGGCGGGUGUGGGUCGGCGAUCUCGGAACGGACUCUACGGACGGAAGAUUGGAGGGUGGAGACGACGGAUCUAAUAAUCUCUGGACUCAUUGUUCUAUUAAGAUUGUACGAAAUGUCCCUCUUAUUCCUUCCUGAUUAUGAAAAGAUUACAUCGUUAUAUAUAUAUAGAUCAGCUUUACUCAUAAGGUUUGCAUCGCCAAUUGUGGAGUUUAAGAUUAUUGCAGCCUUGAGUGCUAUUAGCGAAAUAAACAUGAUGAAUUCAAUGAAGGAGUCAGAUUGGGUAUUCCUUCCAAAGAACUUAUUGGAUAUGACAAUGGAGGAGUCAGAUUGGGCAUUUCUUCCAAAGAACUUAUUGGAUAUGAUUCUGAACAAGUUGGUUUCAUUUUCUGAAUAUGUUCGAUUUGGUGCGGUUUGCAAACCAUGGCAGUCUGUAGCAAUGGAUAACAAACUUAAAUUCAUUCAAAAUAAGUUUUUGAAACAAGUUCCAUUCUUGAUGGUGCCUUCGAAAGAUAAUAGUGAUGAAAGACGUGGUCUAUACAACAUCACUCAUAAUAAGGUAUUUGAUUUUCAGUUAUGCGUACCUUAUCAGAAGAGGCUUUCCGGUUCCUCACAUGGUUGGUUGUUUACUGUGGAAGAAACCUUUGGCAUAACCUUAAUCAACCCAUUCUCUGGUGCUACCAUUGAGCUUCCUCCAAUUAUGGACCUCUCAUAUUUCCAUCCUCCUGAUGAAAGCGAUGACGAUGACGAUGACGAUGACGAUGAUGACAAUGAUCCUAUUGAGGUUGACUUUGAAGUUGUAAAGGUUACAUUGUCAGCUGACCCUGCUUUGUAUCCUAAUGACUAUAUUGUUACCGCCACCUAUAGUGGUUGCAGAAGACUCGCAUUCAUUCUACCCGGAGACAAGCUUGGACUUACAUAGAUAAAGAAAGAUUUCAGCUCAUCUUUGAUGUCGUAUAUUAUAAAGGCCCGAUUUUUGCUGUUGAUUUUAGGAGUAGAGUCCUAAUGAUUGAUGUUAAUAGAAGGGAUGGGAAGAGUAAGGCUCCGCAAGUGAAGGUAAUUACACCGCAGACUAAUGUGUAUUCUCAAUGGACGUAUCUUGUUGAAUCAUCUAGUGGUGAUUUACUUCUUGUACAAAGGUUUUUACAAGUUGGAGACGAUUUACAGCAUGCAACUUCAAGGUUUAAGGUUUUUAAGUUGCUCUUAGAGCAACUUGAGCAGGGUUGGCCUAUGCUGGUUGAAGUGAAGAACUUGGGUGGAGACACCCUGUUUUUGGGAGAUAACCAAUCCAUUUGUGUUUCAGCUUCCAAAUGGCCCAGAUGCCAGCCAGAUUCCAUCUACUACACAGAUGAUUAUAUUGAGAUUCUACAUCAUCUUCCAUAUGGGCGCCGCGACAUUGGUAUCUUCAACAUAGAAAGUGGAAGAUUUGGGACGCAUUACAUCCUUGAUCCUUCACAUAAGGAUAUGCCACCCUCAAUUUGGAUUGUGCCAACUGUGUUAGGUAAUUGAGUUGAGACUUAAUUGUUUUGAGUUUCUUUUGGUCAAAUCUAAUUUUAUUUAGUUUUUUUGUGCUGAGCAUUUUUAUGUGGUGAAAAACAUGUAUUUUUAUCUGUAUGGAAUAUGAGAUCAAGUUUGUAAGACAUAUAAUUAAAUAAAUAUAACUGAGAUAACUCCUAGGAGAAGGACGACUCGGAGAAAUGAGAGCUCUUUUCCUGUA